AUGUCGUGGACGUGGGAUUCCUUCGCCAAGGGCGCCGCCGACGCCGCCGAGACCACGCGUCUGGUCGCCAUCAAGGGCGCGAAACAGGCUGAAAUCAUGUACAAAGAGCGUAACAUCACGUCCACGACGCAACAAUUCGGCGUCGACUGCUUCGCGGCGAUGGAGGCGAACGAUCAGGCGCGCGCGGCGUCGCUCUUCGCCGCGGCCAAGCGCGAGGUCGACGCGUACCGCGCCGACAUCGCGCAGCUCAAUCGCGAGAUCGACGGCGUGAACGUCGAGAUAGAAAAUGUAGGUCGGGAGGACGCCGCGAGCGCGGCGCCGCCGGUCGUGCGGGCGACGCCGCCGAACGCGCGCGGCGCUUCGCUGCAAGACUUGUAA